AUGACUGGUGAUACGGCGCGGGAGUCACCAUCUUUCGGCAACCGAUUCUCAGGAUCCUUGGACGAUCCAGAGGUUUUCGAUACCACGUCACCACCAAACCGGCAACCAACCGUCUGUUUCGCUGUUAGCACUGACGCCUGGGCCGUAAGCCCAAACCAGCGGUCGCCCUUGAGCCAGUCUCGAGGGGUGUUUCUUCGGGGCGGGGACCACAUAGACGAGGUUCUUCUAUCCAAAUACCGCGCUGAGUUGAUGCCACAACAUCCGUUCGUUGUCAUUCCCGAACAUGUUUCAGCUACGGUGCUGAACAACCACCGUCCAGUCCUCAUGAUGUGCAUCCGGGUCAUUGCGAGCUUUGACAGCCUACAGACUAUGCAUGCCCGGAUGCAAGGAGUCACGAGGCACAUAGUCGACAAACUGGUUCGUCAGUCCGAACGCACUCUGGACCUGCUCAUGGGCAUUGUCGUGAUCCUUGGCUGGCAUCACUAUCACUGCGCAAAACACAGUCAUAUGAACACCUUGUUGUGUCUGGCUGAGUCGCUUGUUUCCGACCUUGGUCUAAAUAAGAAGCUCUCUGAAAGCGAUGAAGUAGGGGAUGAGUGGGGGAUCGAAGGCCAAAGGCUGUUGCUUGGGGUAUGGUAUUUGCGGUCAUCAGCGGUCAUGCAUCUUCAACAACUUACACCGAUCCCCUUCACUUUGCACCUCCGACAGUGCCUCGCCAAUAUACAAAACGCCAAAGAACACGACUUGGAUGAAGCCCUUGUCUAUUACGUUAAGAUUCAGUACUUGGCUGAACGAGUCACUGCCCUCAAGGACCCUCGGCCGGGAAGGGCUAAUCGUGGAAACGGCGGAGUGGGCCUGGAGGGAUUCGAGCACGAUAAAGGAAUCCAGGAGAGAGAGGCGGUGAUGGCUGGGUGCCAGGCUUACUUGGAUAAGCUAAGAAGAGAGGUGCCCGGUAGCCUCAAGGAUGACGGUACGGUUGCUAUGCAGCUCAACACAAUUGACGUGCGCAUAUUCGAGUCCCGACUCGGAGGGAAUGGAGGGAUACAAACCGAGCAUACCGCACUCGAAAGAUGGUCACAAGCCUGGAUUUCGGGCCUCCCAAUUGGGAGAUACCGCACUUUGCCGUCGCAUGCUGUCUUUCAAUUAUUAUACGCCGUACGAGUCUUGAUUCGGAGCCAAGGAGACGCGCAAAGGUACGUCGGGGGUUCAUCCCUGGCCUCGAAGUUCUCGACGUUCGCAUCGUGCUCGGCUCCGCCGAGCCCAGGUGCAUUCCGAGCAGUCCGCGAGAGCGGACCCAAUCCGUUCGAAGACGAAAUGGCGGUAAUGAAUGGAUUAGUCGCCAUGGACGCCAGCCCUUCCGACAUCGCCAAAUUUUGGGUGGCGUUAGGAGAGGCGAACGAAGACAAGUCCACCCAAGGACCCCAAGUUCCGCGGCACUCUUCGUUGCCGAGUAACUUGUGGGGCCCGGGUGACGAUGGCUUCGACGAGAUGAUAAUUGAUGGAACCCAAGGGACACGGCCUGCCGCCAUCGAUACGUUCAGCACACUGCAGGUACAAGGGGCUCAAAGGAUACAUACCUCCAACAUGUUCAUUCCGUCGUCAAGGGGUGAUUUGGCCCCCUUGGGACAGCGGGAGUACACCAGUGGUGCACUGCUGCCGCCCCUCCCAAUGGCCACCACCCCCGGGACAUCGCACAUGCUACCGACAAACCCUAUCCCGUGGACAGGAGAGGAGACAUGGAAUCACCGCGCCCCAAUAUGGGGGCCUUCUGGUGCUGCUUUGAGCAUCCGAGACGUGAACCAUGCGGACGUAGUUCAGCAACGAUGGAACGAAGACCAAAGCAACCCACCUUACAGCUGGGAAGACCGUAUAUAA